AAUGGAGGAGGUUGUGGCAGAUACAGUAGCCCCUGAAGACUUAAAGAAAUUUGAGAAAAAGUACAAUGCUGAACUCGUGAAAGGAGCCGUUUCCAAGGAAACCCAGUUCGAAUAUGCAUGGUGUUUAAUAAGGAGCAAAUACACUAACGAUAUCAGAAAAGGCAUUCAGCUAUUGGAGGAGUUAGUUCAGAAGAGCACAAAGGAUGAUCAGAGAGACUACUUAUUCUACCUGGCUGUCGCCAACUACAGACUAAAGGAGUAUGAGAGAGCCCUAAAGUACAUCCGCACACUGCUCAGACAAGAACCGGGAAAUAAGCAAGCCCUGGAGCUGGAGAAACUCAUUGACCGUGCUCUGAAGAAAGACGGUUUGGUUGGCAUGGCGAUCGUUGGAGGUAUCGGUCUGGGAGUGGCCGGAUUGGCAAGUCUUAUUGGAUUGGCGGUAGCCAAGACAGCCAAGUCUUAAAAAAGGAGACAAGAUAAAUGCAGGUUUUCCCAGAGUAAGGACUGGCUCACUAUCAUCCAAUCAAAGUUCAGGAAAGCCUGUGGUGACCAUAGAAACAUAUUACCACAGGACCCGUGCCAUCUAGCUCUGUUUUUUCUUUCAGUGGGAUUUUUUUUUCUUCAGACUUUUGGCCUUGCUUCCUCAUAUUUUAUUGAAUACUGUGUUGAAGUUUGUGGUUUUUUUCUGUUACCCCAGACAUUAUGUUGAAUAAUGUAUUCCAACUGAAUGAUGAAUGAUUAAUACAUAAGGAUUUCUGUUUUUUUACAUUUUCUACUCACAUCCUUAGGUUUGAACAAGGGAAUUCUCAAUCAAAACACAGUUUAAUGGUCAGUUUGGUCUUAGUCUAUAGAUUACUGAUGGUUUAGCACCUUAGACAUUUAGUUUUGAGUUUACAUUUUGAAACUUUAAAAAUAUAUAUAUGUACAAUAAAGUUAAUCCAUAUAUUGUGUAUAUUAUUUUAUA